AUGACACCAACAUUCAUGGAAUUCUUUAAUGAAUCCGAGAUACACAGUGUCAAUUCACAGCCAAGUUCUGCAAACCACAGCAGAAGAUCAUCGAGAAGGAUUAGUGGUGCAAUCUUAGAUCGGGUUGCCCAAUUCGAGAAUCUAGCUUUGAAAUCGCCACAAAGACCUCUUACACCUCCAAAUGCAAACUCUACCAAUUACUUUCCUCCAGCUCCUUUGGAUAGCCCAUUCAACCGAACAAUCAAGCAGGAGCACAUCCCACAAAGAUUUCGUGAUGACUAUGAUACAUCCAUGGAGGAGACGAUUAAGCCUAAAAGUAAUCAGAGAGCUAAGAAUGUUUUCGACGACAUGAGACGAGAAGCUGAGAUGAAAGCCGUAUCCACCCCACCAGGAUCUGGACCCGUACCCACUGCCAGCACAUAUGACUCCGCACCAAUGCCAACAUCGAAUUUCAUGAACAUGUCAACUAUUAACCUCGAUUUUAUGAAAAAUGAUCCACAAUUUCAAACGGCCCAAUACUCACCGACUUCUUCAAAUGUUUCACAAGAUCUAUCAUAUCCCUCAUCUCCAGAACAAUCUCGGAGGAAUGUCUUCAGAGAUCCUUUUACCAACAGACCUAUCUUAGAAGCACCAGACGUAUCGCCUUACCCCAUGUCCAAUUAUCCUCACGGUCUUCCAGCUUCAGAGCCAGCUUGUAGUUCUCCAGCUCAAUCUUACCGACGAUCCGAGUCAGUAUCGAGUAUCAACCUCGAAGAAUCAAUUACGGAUACUGGAAUCACGAUUGAUGAUAUUGCUACCUACAUCCAAGCACCGGAACCUGGUGAUACGAAAUGGCUUUGCCUGUAUCCAGAAUGUGGUAAGCGAUUCGGUCGCAAGGAGAACAUCAAGUCACAUGUCCAGACCCAUCUUGGCGACAGGCAAUUUCAAUGUCCACACUGCCACAAGUGUUUUGUGCGCCAGCAUGACCUCAAGCGACAUGCAAAGAUCCAUAGUGGUGUAAAGCCUUAUCCAUGCCAAUGUGGAAACAGUUUUGCUAGACACGAUGCUUUGACUCGUCACAGACAGCGUGGCAUGUGCAUUGGUGCUUUUGAAGGUGUGGUCAAGAAGACAGUCAAGAGAGGUAGACCAAGGAAGAAUCGACCUGACGAUGAAGAACGACUUGGAAAAGCAUCCCGGACUCGAAGCAAGAACAAGAUGAGUCCAUCAGAAACAUCAUCAGAGUACUCGGAAAGUGCAUGCGCCCAAUCACCUCGCAGUGAUCUGGAUGUCCUUGACGAUAAGCCCUUUGGAGAUUAUGGCUAUUCUCAAAGCUCCCUCGCCACACAUGACAGCUAUGAACUCUCUAGGGAAAGAUCCUCAUCAGUUGCGGCAUCAAUAUCCUCAAUCUCUUCAAUGACAUCAAUUGCAGAAUGCGUAGAGCCAAACGUGAUACAGUCAAUACACGCAGCAUCAGUAUUCCGCAGUCGUCCCAACCUCUCUGAGCAUCUUCCAUCAAAUCCUGCGUCACCCACCAAAUCUGCGCAGAGCAACUACUCCCCGCCAGGUUUGUGCCCAUCGUCUUCUUCGCCCACAGCGAGCGCCAAUUACUAUGAUCUAGACGCUGUCUCAAAUAGUGGUGAACUUAGUAAUCUACCAAACAUCACUGAGCAAGAUGAUAUGUUUUUGGAGGCAUUUGCUGCUACAGCUAGCACUGGUAUUACACAACUCGAGCGUGAUCCUGAUCUUCUGAUAGGGAAAUUCGACAGCAUGUUCAGCGUCACAGCUGAUAAUUCCACAAUGUUCAGAAAUGAAGAGGAUGUAUUUUUUGGCAGUCCAGGAGAGUGA